GUCUACCGCUGCGUGUGAGUGUGUGUAGUUGUUUUUUCUUCUAUUUGUGCUGAAAUCGUCCAUGAAGCUUUGCUUUUGUUUUGUAUUAUUAAUCGAAAUUUUUAAUAAAAAUCGGGCCGGUAAUUUUUAUAUAUUAAUCGGUAACAGCAAUAAAAAUGGAGGCUACAUCAGAGUCAAUCAGCCGAUUGCUAACAGGCGGCUCAGCUGAGGAGUAUCUACAGUGUCCUACGUGCGAGUGCAAGCUACAGCAUUGGGAAGUGAAGCCACACUUUGACCAGGAAAUGGAGCGCUUAAAACAAUUACAAAUGAAAGCAGUAAGUGAGGCAACUGUCGAGUUAACACAGCAAAGUGCUAGCAAUACAGUGGUACAUAAUGAGGAGCGACGUAAGCCUUGGACUAUAUUCCAGCGGGUGCAACGAAAUCGGCAUACACGUCUCAGGCGAAGAACUGGUAAACGCCCCCCACCACCAACCGAACAGCAAUGCCCAGUGUGUAACGCCUCUUUCCCAUUAGAAGAAAUAGAGCAACAUGCAGAACAGUGUCUACGCCGCACUAAUGGCGCAGUCAAUGGUCCUGAUGGCGGUAGUUCAAGCAAUGAAGACGAGAAUGGCGAGGAAUACGAAGAAUAUGAAUGGGCUGGCCAAAAACGUAUACGUGUUUCUAGUCUCUUACAAGGCGGUUAUGCUGCAAUCGGCGUAGGACAGUCUGUAACAAACCACAGCGCUGGCAGUGUCCCAAAUAACACACAGAUUGGCGACGAAGAGGAAGAAGAUUUAAACGUAGACGAGGAUGACACUCAUCUAUAUGGGCCGGCGCAGUACGCUGAAGCUGACGUUAUACCACCCAUAGCGGAGGAGAAUGGCAAUAGUGCAGAUGGUGAUGUUACUAGUUACAUGCGACGUCUAAUAACUGGCUCUACCGAAACAACUCUAAUGAGCGCUAAUGCGACGGAGUUGCAACGCGCAAUUAAUAGUACUAAUACGUUAGCUGCAAAUAUAGAAUUAAGCAUUCCACGGGCUGACCUAACUGCCGAUUUGGUUUCUAAAGAAAAGCAAGAACUCACAUCACAUACUGUUGCGCAGCAAUAUAGUUCGCAAAUAAUAGAGUCAUUGAAAAGUAAAUUGCGACAUUAUGAAAAUCAAGUGCAGAAUAAGUUUAAAUGCUUGAUUUGCUUAGACGACUACCGAAAUCCAGCUAUAUCGGUAGCUUGCUGGCACGUACAUUGCGAAGAAUGUUGGCUGCGCUCGCUAGGAGCACGAAAGCUCUGCCCACAGUGCAAUUUGAUUACAACACCAAAAGAUUUACGUAGAAUUUAUAUGUGAAAAAAGCGUAGUAAUACAAGUAUUUGGUAGAAGUAUAAUAAGUUUCCUACGUAUACGGAUUUUAAGAUUUAUUUAAAUGCAAAUGUUUUUCAUUUCAGUACAUUUGAAUCAGUUUUAUACAAUUUUUCGUAUUUUCAUGCAAAUUUAUACACUUAUACAUUUGAGAUAAGCGUGAUAUGUUAAAAUAAUAUAGCUAGUAUUUAAGAAAACAGAUCCGAAGCUGUGUUGCAGUUACAAUAAAAAUACAAGACAUUAAGCUGUAAGAAAUUGUGGUAAACAUAAAUAACGAACACUU